AUGAAGUUUUCCGCCGCCCUCACCGUUCUGGCGAUACCUCUUGCACAAUGCCAUUACAUCUUCAGUCAACUCAUUGUCAACGGGAAUGCUGUUGGUGGUGAUUAUACCUAUAUGCGCAAGAACAGUAACUCCUAUAACCCUUCAUUCACCGAUGAGAUUGUAAACUCUCCGGAGUUACGUUGCAACAAAGGUGCCACUACAGGAACUGCUCAGACCUACACUGUAGCUGCUGGCAGCAACAUCGGCUUCAAACUCUGGUACAACGAGUUUAUUGAGCACCCUGGCCCGGGUUUUGUUUACAUGUCUAAGGUUUCUGGUUCUCUGAACGGCUACGACGGGUCCGGUGACUGGUUCAAAGUUUACGAAACGGGGCUCUGCGGCGACCGCAUUGAGUUCACCAUUCCCAAUCGUAUCCCACCAGGCGACUACCUCGUUCGCGUCGAGCAUAUUGGUCUUCACGAAGCUCAUGUGGGAAAGGCCCAAUUCCAUAUGGAAUGCGCACAUCUCAAGAUCACUGGGAGUGGAGGCGGCGCUCCAGGUCCCCUAGUCAAGAUCCCCGGAAUUUACAAGGCUACCGAUCCCGGCAUUGCGUACAACAAGUGGACGAACAGCCCUGCCCAGUAUGUCAUGCCUGGUCCUCAGGUCUGGGUUGACAACGGCUCAUCGAGCCCGCCUCCGAGCGCUCCUCCUCCGUCUUCAGGUGGCAGCGGUGCCCCUCUGUACGGCCAGUGCGGUGGUCAAGGAUGGACUGGGCCCACGACAUGUGCUCAGGUAACUUGCAAAGUUACAAAUGAGUGGUACAGCCAAUGCGUUUGA